CCCGCACCGUAAUUCCCGUAAACCCCUCGGAACCCUAGCCGCCAGCCCGUCACCCUCCAAUAGUUGACCCCGCCGGCCGCCGGAUCUACAACAACACGCUCCGAGGACGCCAUGCAGCGCGCCGCCUCAAGGGUCGCGUCGCUGGCCCUCCGACGCCUUGCUGCGUCGGCUUGGCCCCGCGGGGAGCUCCCAGCCGCCGCCAUGGCGCCUCUUCGGCCGGCCGCGGCGGUGGUCUCCUCGGCACGCUUGUCUCUACAGCCCACAGCAACGGCGGCGGCUGUUGCGCUGCUUGCCCGGCGUGGGUACGCCGGCGCGGCCCCGAAGGCAAAGGCGAAAGCAGUGAGCGAGGACGAAGAUGAGGACGAUGACUCGGAGUGGGAGGUGGACGAGUACGGGGCAAUCGAGGAUGAGUUCCCCGACUCUGACAGCGAGGGUGAUGAGGACGAAUAUGCUGAUACCUGAGAGCUCGGCUUGGUCUAGGAAAUUUUGUUUUCGUUCUCUGCGAGGGUUGUUUUCCGUUUUUGGGCAGAGAUAAAGGAAAGGAAGAAAUAAUACGGAGUAUUUCGUUUUGCUUUGGCGGAAAGCUUUGGUCUUUCCCUUUCCUGUUUGAUUCUUGUUUGGUGGCAAGAGUGAUUGGAUAAUUGUAAUGUGCAUCAAAGAAAAGAAAAUUUCGUCUGAA